GUCAGAUUGAGUUGCCCGAUUGUGCUAGAGAUGGCGUAUAAAUAGCUGCAAUAGCAAAAUGGCAGCGUAAAUGGAUAGGAUGGGCGAUGUCAUUUGCAUAAAAUUGAGAGCUAACAGAAGAUUUUAACCAAGAAUUUAUUUAGACCCAAUAUAUUAUUGCUAUGGCAGAACAAGCGCGGGCCGCAACGCCAGCAGAAGCAACAGGAACGUUAGUAGAAACUGAGAAUGGUCCUCUCCACCAGGAUGUUCAUACCGUAAGAUUAAAGCUUAGGAAGCCAGAAUCUAAGAAGAAAGUGCAAUGGCAGUCGGGAACAGUUGACAAUGAACACAUGAAUAAGAAGAAAUCAAAAUGCUGCUGUCAGUAUGAAAAACAACGUGCAUUUGAUGAGAGUUCGUCUUCUUCAGAAGAUGAGGAUUGUGAAAAUUGUCAUGGUCAUGUUGAGAGAAAGAAAAAGAAGAAGAAAGAACCUCCAGUCCCUACAGAGCCUUCAGCAGAACUUGUGCAAGUUUGAAAAGUUGUACACAGUGACUACAAACUCGCCAUGAGUGAGGUAAGCAAAGUUUGACUUCGGAUGUAUAAUGUACAUUUCACAGUUUAUGUCAUGUGGCUUAGUUUGUAGCCUCUUAUCACUGUCUGGUGUAACCAUGUGUCCGAGUGGAACGUGAUCAGACAUUUAAUAGUGUGAAAAACUACUAUUACUCACAUAGAAUUUGAACCCAUACUUUCUCAAUGUGCUGAUCACAUCACCCACAGAACAAGCUUUUCUAUAUAUAUCGGUUUCUUACUUUUUUUUUGUGUGUGUGUCAACUUUAUGUGGAAGAAACCAGUUCUCCAAUGGAAGGUGUUGUGAAUGAAGGCAAGGCAGGCACUAGUGUAUCGUUCAUCAUCUUGAGAUUUCCUCAAGUAAUUAAGUGUGAUAUUUGGACUGAGCACUUGAAAAUGAGGAUCAUUUUAGAACAGAAAUAGCCUCAUCUCGUCUGUUUGACUUUGUACAUUAUAUCCAGGGUUUCUUCUUCAAUGAGAAUUCUAGACAGAACUUUCAUGAAGUGACUGUAUUAUGGGUUGACCCAACUUGACAGGAGGAAUGUCAGACUCAUCUGUCUAAAUGUGUGCUCACAAAAAAAAAAGUCGCUGUAUAUUUCAUGUCUCUUUGACAUAAUGCUGUUUCAUUUAGGUGCAUAUUGUUGAGUAUGGUUAUAUUUUAACAUUACAUAUGUUAUAUUUCAUGAUAUCUGAAUGUGAUUUCUGUGUGGCCUAUUUUUAGUCUUCUAUUUCAGUUGAAAUUGCUUUUCUUAUUUCAAUUUUAUCAAUUUAAUGCAGGUUUAUCCAAGUUAAUUUGUAGUAUUCUCUAAGUUCUUCGAGUUUUACAUUAAGGUUCUUUUUGUCCUGUAUAAUAUUACCACCAGCAUUUCCUGUUUCAAAGUUUCCCAUGUUGCCAGUGUCAGUCCUAGUAGAGAUGCAACAAUUACUUGGCUUGCAGAAAGGAAGCAAGCCUCUCUUCCAAGCACUUGAAUGUAGCAAGAGAUAAUGUAUUUUUGAACUUCACCAUCAAGAUAAUGCUAUAUGGAAUGUAACUGCUCAAGAAUUGGCUUGUAUUUUCUUAAUUAUAUAUGUUUCAGCAUUUCCCAUGCACAUUAUAUUAACACAGUCUUCACGAUACCACAAGACAUGAUAGUGUAUUAAUCCUUUAAAGCACAUUGGUUGCUAUAUGUACCAGCUACUUUAACAUUUUGAUGUCUGCAUUUUGGCCAUUGACUGUAUUUAUGUUUUGUACAGUUGUCACAGUAAAUAGCUAUUAUUCAUGUAAACAACAUUAAUUGAUUGGUCUUUGUAAUGGAGACACAAUAUGAAGAUUACUGCCUCCUGGAAGAUUGAGGUAGUAUGCUCCUCCACAAUUUUGUUAAACUUCUACCAGACUACACUGCAUUAAACAUCCCAGAAUUAGCAUUAAUUAAAGAGUUAAUGAAUAGCUAAGGCCAACAGAUGUAAGAUUUGCAAUUCUCAUGGUAGUGAGUAUUGGGAUUGUGGUCUUCUGGGAUGUAACGCUGUGUAAUUGGGUAACUAUAUACCAAAGUAGGUGGCAUUACACCCCCAGAAGACCAUAAUCCUAAGUGUGACAACCAAUUGUGUAUAGACACAGAAUGUUAUGUUUUGUAGGACAAUAAAUUAUGCCACUCUGAUAUUUGGUCUCUUGCACUGGUCUUCUUUUGUUUCCCUUAUAUCAUCUGUUGGACUGAAUGUUUAAUAUAGUAGCAGAGGCCAAGGAUUAUGGUCACCAGGCACAUAACACUUGAGCUGUUCAGAAGAGAAAUUAUAACGUGUAUGGAUUGUUAGCCCGUUGACUGUGUGUCAGGGACAAAUGCAAGCAGUUAAGUUGACUUGAGGGGCAUGUGUCCUUCUUAACCAGCCAAAUGAUUCGUAGCAGGCAGUCACAUAAUCUUCGUGCAUGUUUGAGAAUUGGUGCAAUGCCUACUUGUGAGGUUAACAAGCCAGUGUAUUUCACUGCUGUCGGAUAGCUGAAAGACUAUCAUGUGGGAAUGUGAGUCAAUGCAUAGAUAAUACUUCAGGUACAAAUAUAAGGUGUUUUAUGCAUUUAAAGAAAAUUGCAUUUGGUUUAGUUUUAUUUUAAUGUGACUGUGUUUGUAUUAUGGUUGAGGUAAUGGUACCACUCAGAGGUGUACAAAAUAAUAUGAAUCUUGUACAUAAUGCGUAAUGUAUAUUUAACAUAUGUAAAAUGUAACUUUCCCGUCUCCUACAGCCUACCUGAUAGAAAACACCCAAAGUCAUGACAUUUAUUCCAUACUCUUGUCAAUAUGUACAGUAUGUUAGUUCUCUGUCAGCAAGGUAGAAAGAGAGUGGAGUUUGGCAUCUUCUCAGACCUCAACAUUGGUUCAAGCCUCAUGUUUCUAACACCUUUUCCAGUAUGAGCAGGCCCUACAGUCGUGCUGGAUGCAGUUCUGACCCUGCUUACUGAACUCUUGUGGUAUGUAUAUGAAGUGUAUUGUGUAGUAUAUCACAUGGGUUGUAUCUUCUUUCUGUAGAUUUUAUGUAUGUUAGCGGUACAUGGAUAGCAAAUAUGUUCACUGCUGCACUUAGAUAUAUAGUGUGUGUAUGACAUACCCAGGGAUCUUUUUCUGGCAUGAAUCACUUCUUAUAGUAAACAGGAAAUGUACACAUUUUAUCUGUUGUAAUAGCACAAGUGAAAUUAUUUAGCUUUGUUCUGAAUCAUUCGGUAAAGAAAUGUCUAUGAGAUUUUAGGUUCUCACAGCAGUGACUGUGAAUAACUGAAGAAUACCAUCAUCUGAGACGUAAGGGCAUAUAGUCUACCGAUGUUUCAGAGGAUCAUUCUCCUUCCACAUCAGCGUGUAAGAGUGGUAAACUUCCACCGGGCUACAUGGUGCCAUGUCUCAGAAUGCAGUAGUAUUCACAGAAAUGGCUCUUUGGGUACAAUUGUGAUAAAGCCUCAUCAGAAUUAUAGAAAAUUUAUAAAUGUAUUCCUUUCAGAAACAAAUCUCUUUUUUCAUAUUAUUCUGAUUGUUCUGAGUUCAUUAACUUGUACUUAAUUAGGUAUUAUCAUCUUUAAAGUGUAUUUGGUCAUAAACAUUAUGAUUAUAGUCCCAAAAGCUAUAUUGAAGACCCAGUGUCUGUAAUAUUACAUAGUUACAUAAGGUACAGAACACUCAUCUGAACAGUGUUCUUAGGUUUAUGGUUCAAAAUUUGUAUAUAGAUGUUUAAAGUAUAUCAUGAUCAUAAUGUACCUAGCAAAGCAGUGGUAUUACUAUUUCCAGUAUUGAACAUAUGGUAGCUACCUGCACUGGGUUUUCUGCCAUUUGUAAUAGCUUGCUGAACACACUGUAACAGCAUGAAACUUGUGAAGAGACCAGUGUAGAGGAAGCAGAGGGAGAUUGUAGCUCUGAUUUCAGUUCUGGGUGUGCUCUAUUUUACUGUGUUGAAUGUUGUAAAUGUGUUUAAAAUUAAUUAAUUUUGCAGAUACUGUAGUGUGAUUUGUAAGUUGUGUAAAUGUAUAUAACCUCUGUGAUAUAUGAACAUUCUGUCUGUAUUUUACUUUGUAAUGACACUGCAUAUAGAAAAAAGAAAUGCACUGCCAUUAAACUAGUAGUACAUUGUGUGAAUCCUUA